GAGCUCUUUUAUACGUACCCAUGUGGGUGGUCCUGUCUUAGGGCGCAGCCCAUGCCGCUUCAGCUGCUGUGGAGGAACUAUGAAAAGUCUUCGGUCGUUGCUCCAAGUCCUACACGAGAAGCCUGGGCAUGGGAGAAUGAUGAAAAGACUUGGGCAGCUUGUGCUCGCGAAUCGCGGCUUCAGAAGCUUCGGAGUCUCAAAUGCAAGACUUAUGAGCCAAAGAAGGAUACCUCAUCCAGCCGCAUGCUCAAGUGGCAAGCUCCAGUGAGAAGUGCAGAGCUCGACGUAGCCUUGCAUGUGAACCUCGCUGCCGGGGCUCAGAAAUCAAGGGUGGCAGAGUCAUUUGGGCACCGUGCCAUUCCUCGUUGCGCAAUCCAUGUUUGGGUGGAAGCACCAGACGGCACGCAGCUUGCAGAAGCUCGUGGUAGUGUGUGUCCAAAGAAUGCUCGAAGUGCAAUCCAUAUCCACUGGGUUUGCCGCGCCAAGUCUUCUCCACAUUGCUUUGGCGACGCCUGGCGGCUACUAAAGGAGCAGCCAUUCCCUCCACAAGCCAAGAGACCAUGGACAAUUCCACAGGCUCUUCUGGGCAUCCUCGCCAGAAUCGGGGAGACUUUUGGCAUGGCCCGGGUUGAACUGGGAGCAGAAGAUCAGGGCUCGCAAAAACUGAUCCAGUACUAUACCGAUCUUGGCUUUAGCAGCAAGAUGGCCGGUAAGGUCUUCGGUGAGCUGAGCAUGGACGCACCCAUCGGCAGUGUUUCAGCUUUUGCUCCCCAAAGCUGGAUGUGUGCGUUGCCGUUGGACAGCUUCAACGCUUGGCCUUGGCUUUGGGGCGAUGCAGAGAGGCCAAGCCUUAGCUCCAUGAUCAACCUCAUGGCAGCACCAGACACGUGGAACUGGCCGGUCCAAUGGCCUGGCAGCGCGGAGAUGCAGAUCCGAACCUCCUGGAUCGACGCGGAUGCUAAGGCCACCAUCACAGCGCACCUCCGAAGCCCAAUGAGCGAACUUGUGUACUGCAGAGCUGUAUGUCGCCUAAAGCAAGAGAGUAUCCGAGUGAUUUGGCUUGGCAACAGCGGCUCGAAGCCGGUACAUGCUUGUGUGCGUGGUCGACUGCUGGAUGGUAGCCUCAGAAGCGAUAGCUGUGGGCGCAAUACAGUGGCCGUGUGCGUCUUGGGUGCCGUUGCAGCUGCAGCCCGAUGGUUUGGCACCGAGAUUCUGGAGCUCACGGCGAUGGAUGAUGGUUGUGGAAAGCUCUGCAAAUACUUGCAGUCAUUGGGCUUUGAACAGAGUCGCGAUUCAGACAGCAUGUCCACAUCUUGCCGGCAAUUCGCCCAGGACUAUUGUCCAAAGGCUUGGCGGAAUCAUUUACCCCCGGAUGCUCACUUGGCAAUGUUGACAAAGCUUUGCAACUCCUAACUGGAGAUGAAGAUUUGCAGGCUCGCGAGGUUUUUCUAAUGAAUUAUUCAUUAGCGUAGCGUAGCAUUUAGGAUAGCAUUGAAAGUGCUAAGUUGCACUUUCUUCCUGCACCCGCAGCAGCAUGCAUUAAGGCAUGUCAGCUGCCAAAGCGGACCCAACUUG